UAUAGGGGCACAUCAGCUAAGCGAGAGCGACGCAAUUUACUGCAUUUAUGGGGGGACAGCGAGGAUUCAACACGCCACGGCGAUCGCACGAAGUAGAGGACGAAUGAGUACGACUACAAAACGGUGUGGUGGGAGCAAAUUUUUUUUUUUUUAAAACAAACAAAAACGCGCUGAACCCGUGGCUACAGCAUGUAAAUAAAACCGAGAUGCCAGCAGCUGUUAGGCUGAAGGUGCCUUAAAGGAGCCUGGAUUAAACAGCCUGAAGAAAUUGUGCGUGGGCUUUGGCGUUCAGGAGAGGCCCACCUGCCAGGAAGCAAACAGGGCUGACAAGUGUGCUGCUCUUCAGCUGAGAACAACAACGAGGAGACUGAAACAAAGCUGACACCUGCGCCUCUUGGUCACAGAGAUCAUUGUUCUGACGGAGAUUCUCUGGAGAAAAAGCGCCUUUUGGACAGAACCGUCUCCAAGCUGUCAUCAGUCCAGGUGACCAAGCUGGCUUCUUGUUGACGGUCUCACCCAGCCUUGAGGCAGUAAAGAAGGCAUCUGUAACAUGGUGGAACAAAUGUGACUGAAUCGCUAUUUUCCAAACAUAUUUUGCUCUGGAUUAUUUUUAACUGGAGUACUUGUUUUUGCCUCAAAUGCUUGGAGGCUGCCGGAGGGGGAUGAUGGCAAACCGUGUAAUCAGGUUUGAGUUUGAGCAUCUUAUCCCAGGAGGGCCUCACUGACGGCCAUGCUGGAUAUCCUCCGCACAUUGUUGGUCUUAUUCCUCCUUUCCCAAUCAUCUCACUGCAGCUUGCUGCCAACGUAGCUCCACACGGGCCCUGACUUCCCUCAGCUCCACCCUGCACUUUCUGGCUGCCCGGCGAAAGGUAUUUUAAAAUGUCUUCUACAUAUCAGCAUCUACUCACUUGGAGUUUGCCACACCUCCUCCUGCUAUCGUUGACCCCCCUCUGGCUUUUGCCCCUGCCCACAGGUGUAUCAGCAGAUGUCUGCCGUGUUACUGGCGGGGUGCUUGGGCUCCACUGGACAAGCGUCAUCAGCCUGGGUUGGUACCCUCUAGCAGACGGCAGAGGUGGGCCAACAUGCUGGGAGACCUGCUGCUUGAGGCCAAGUUGCAACGCUGUGUGGAGCCUCGGCGGCCGAUGUGUGCUUCUCAGUUGCUCCCUGAAGGGGGGCUGCCCCAUCUUGUUUCUGCCACAACCUGAUCGAGAUUCUCUCGGGCUCCUUCAGAUUCUAACCAAGAGUUCUACCACAAAAAGAGGGAGGAGCGUCCGUCUUGCAGAACAUGAAGGGCAAACAGAACAACAGCCUAGCACGGAAAACUCCAAACUGGAUCCAGUGCAACCCACACUGUUGGUGCCCAACCCCAGUCUGGUUCCACAAGCGGACCAAAAGAACAUUAGUUACAUCACCAACAGAAGUAGUGAACACGCCCCACAGCAGAACUCCUCCAUUGUACUAGACACUACUGCGUCUUCCAAUAACAGUGAUGUCAGCACGUCCACAGCAACUACCAUCAGUACAGUGCCAACACUGGCCGUGAGGGAGCUGGUGGUGUCAGCAGGGGAAAGUGUUGCGGUCACCCUACCACGCAGCUCGGUCGAGCUUAACGCCUUUGUGGUGCCACCACUUCCGCCAGAUGCAAACUAUGCAUUUGACUGGCGUCUGAUAACGCAUCCCAAAGAUUACAGCGGGGAGAUGGAAGGGAAGCACAGCAAAACCCUGAAACUCAGCAAGCUCACAGUUGGUCUGUAUGAGUUUGAAGUGACGGUGGAUGGGGGAGGAGCCCAUGGAGAAGGUUACGUCAAUGUCACUGUCAAACCAGAGCCGCGGGUAAACAAGCCUCCUGUUGCUGUAGUUUCCCCAAAGUUCCAAGAGAUCUCCUUGCCAACAAGCUCCACAGUAAUAGAUGGCAGCCAGAGCACAGAUGAUGACAAAGUAGUGGUGUGGCACUGGGAAGAGGUCAAAGGUCCCCUCCGGGAGGAAAAGGUGUCAGCCAACACGGCCGUCCUCACCCUCACCAACUUGGUUCCAGGGAACUACACAUUCAAUUUGAUUGUCACAGACUCAGAUGGCGCCAAAGACUCAACUCAGGCCACCCUGUCUGUCAACAAAGCCAAGGAUUACAAGCCUGUGGCCAACGCUGGCCCGAACCAGGUCAUCACUUUGCCACGUAAUUCCAUCACUCUGUAUGGCAACCAGAGCACAGACGACCAUGACUCCCUUGCUUAUGAAUGGUCCCUGAGUCCUGAGAGCAAAGACAAGGUGGUGGAGAUGCAAGGCGUACGCACACACAUCUUGCAGCUGUCGGCCAUGCAGGAGGGAGAUUACACCUUCCAGUUAACUGUGACCGACUCUGCUGGACAGCAAGACACAGCCCAGGUCACAGUUAUUGUGCAGCCAGAAAACAAUAAACCACCAGAGGCAGAUGCAGGACCGGAAAAAGAACUGACACUACCGGUCGAUCGAACUAUGCUGGAUGGCAGUAAGAGCAGCGAUGACCAGAAGAUAGUCACCUACCACUGGAAACAGACCAAAGGUCCUGAUGGUGUGAAGAUUGAGAACGCAGACAGUGCUGUUGCCACAGUGACCGGUCUGGAAGUUGGCACUUACGAGUUCACCUUGACAGUGACCGAUGAGAGAAAGCUGCAUAGUAGCGACACUGUCACGGUUGUCGUCAGAGAAGAACUGGACCAGCCACCUGUGGCUCGUGUGGUUUCCAGUCCACCCGUGUCUCUGCCUGUGCGGACGGCCACCCUGGACGGAUCACACUCCACUGAUGAUAAAGGCGGCAUCAGCUAUCUGUGGACAAGAGAUGACAGCAGCCCCGCGGCCGGGGAUGUGCUGAACAAUUCUGAUCACCAAGCUAUCUUGUUUCUGGGAAACCUGGUGCAGGGCAAGUAUAGUUUCACCCUGUCUGUCACUGACAGCAAAGGUCAAAUCAGCACAGACAGCGGCGCAUUGGAAGUCAAACCAGACCCAUGGGAGAGUGACCAGGUGGAGUUGGUCUUAGAGGUGCCCAUAACACAGGUUUCCCACCGCCAACGCGACAUGCUUCUGCGCCAGGUCGGAGUGUUGCUUGGCGUCCUCGAUAGCGACAUCAUUGUUCGAGAGAUUGGUGCAUUUAAUGAGCACAGUACUCGAUUGGUCUUCCUGGUGUCAGGCGGUCCAGGGCGCCCUCCUGUGUCCGGUCACAGUGUUGCACUCACCCUACGCAACAAACUGCGCAAACAGAAGAACGACUUUCUCAUUUACAAGGCCCGGCGGGUGGACACCGUCAUCUGCCAGCUGAACUGCUCCAGUCAUGGCGAGUGUGACUCAUUCACACGUCGAUGUGUCUGCCACCCUUUUUGGAUGGAGAACUUCAUCAGAGCGCAGCUCGGCGAUGCAGAAAGCAACUGCGAGUGGAGCGUGCUCUAUGUGACCAUAGCGUCCUUUAUGAUUGUAGUUGCUGUGGCGACAGUUGUUUGGGGGUGUGUGUGUUGCUGUGACAGACGUAAGAGCAAACCGCGCAGAACUAAAAGCCGUUAUAAAAUGCUGGAAGCUGAUGAGCAAGACGCUCUGGAGCUGCAACCACCCAGAGCUGGCCGCAUCAAGCCAGUACCCGCCCCCACCUCCUCUGCCCUCAUGCACUCCGACUCCGACCUGGACAGCGACGACGGGCAGGUCGGAUUUUCAUGGACUGAGCAGGAGCGCGGUCAUCUUCUUCGACCGCAAAACGGCUCCUUGAGGAACGGCCAGGGUCCUAUGAGAGGAAAGAAGCACAGAGAAGAGCUGCUAUAACAAAACGAGGUGAAGCUCACCUCUUCCUGAAACACACACGGAUCCGUCCUUUAUGCUUCUUAAUUUCACCCCCCUAGACACCUGAAACUUGAAAGCAUGUCACACUGUUACACUGAAAAACUGAGCCAUGACAAAGGAAAAAGCCUACCAGUUUUGGUUGUGACACAAUAGAGAAUUAUGAUAAGGACUUGAUUAUUUAAACUGAGACAUUACCGCAGGAGAGAAGACUUACCAAGGUGACUCACAAAUUAAAACCAGCAAGCCCACUUCAUACUUCCCCAACCUUGCUUCUCGUCGACCUGCAUGAAUGCACACAAACUGUCUUCACACUGUUACAGGUUAGCUUGAAGCUACCAAACACUGCCCAUAAAUCCAGACGUCGGCACAGCUGACAUUGGUCACUUAACGGAAGGAAAACGGCAUUGGAUCACUAACAGAAAAAAAAGUCCAUGACUCCUUGGAUUUCCAGUCCAGUUCACCACCUGCAUGUUCGUAUGUUUGGACGUAUGACUGUAUGUGUGUGCCUGACAAGAUUUAUUUUUUUUUUUCCUGGCUGAUGUGCCAAAACAUGUUUCUUUAGAGUGUUCUGUGUGGGUGUUUGUUGUUCACCUGCAUCAUGAUGCUUGGUUACUCAAUUGUCAGACAAAUGCGUAGAGCCAAAAUGCUGCUUUUAUUCUGAAGGUUUGGCGCUGCACAAAUGAAGUCACUGGAUUAUACAAUAUGAAUGAAGACCACUUUUUAACAAUUUGUCUGCUGUGAUCCAAUGUUUGAUGCACUUUUAUUUUGUGUUGGGAGUCUCGCUUUUAUCUGCUUGGUUCAGUAACUUCUUUCUUGAGAAUCAGAUGAAUCAUUUUAAUCAGCAUUUUAUAGGUUCAACAACCACUGUAGAGCAAGUCGACAGCAUGUUAAUCCUUGAUUGCGUUGUUGGCUUUCUUUAUUUGAAACACAAUUGUAUAGCUCACCUGCCAUGACAAUAAUAAGACAGUUUUCAGUUGCUUUGUGUGAAGGACAGACUAAAAACCAAAUGAUUUAUUUUCAUAAACAAGUUUUGUUUUUCUUAAAAUAAUAGAUUUUCAUAGCUGCCCCACUGACCACACACAGUGAGAAUUCUAAACAAAGACUUGAUUUAUAUUUGUGUGUGGCUAUUGUCCAAGCGUCUUUGUAGAGGCACUUUAACCAAAUGUCUUUCCACUUUGUGAUCACUUUGCAUGCAGAAUGUGAAACACAUCAGCUUGAAAGUGGAGUUCCACACUUUGUCACUCUUACAGCGUUGAAUGUUGAAAGGGGUUGCAUCACUGUCACAUCUCAGUCUGUAUUUAAUGUGAAGAAAUCAUUUAAGUGUUUUGCAGAUAAAUGUGUACUGUCAAAUCAUCUCAUGAUGAGGUCAACUCUGCUGCACUGCUUUUUACUCUCCAGUGCACAGGACUGUGUUUGUCAUUUUUCAUUUGAACUGUAGACAAAGUAAAAUUAAGCACACCCAAGUGCCAAGUAACUAAAAUAUCUUUUCAAACAGUGACAAAUAUUAUCCUCCCAUCUUCUUUGCAACUAUCCACAUCUGGAAACAGUCUAAAAGCCAAUUCAAGGAAAACAAAAAUUGCCAUGAAUUGACCAUGGCACUGCUGGAGUCCACUGUGAAGGCAGAAUCAAAGAACAGGGAGCUAUGAUGGAAAGUCAUUUAAAAUGUUUUAAAUGAGGUUGAGAUGGAAGGAUUACGCUUGUGUUCUAUGUGACCUGAUACAACUGGAUAAUCUUGGAAUUAGAAUAAAGACUUCAUUUUGUUCUUGCUUUUAUGAA